ACCGACAUCUAACGGAGGCUCUCGAACCUCUGGUUCCUUAGCAACCGGAGUGUUAGAGAGACACACGUUUGUUCUCUUGGAAAAGACCGAGCUCCGUGUUUAACGCAAAGUUGAACUCAAUAAACUCGAGCUUGUGCGUCAACAUGUUUAACGCAGAAUUAGCCUCGGAUCGUUCGAAGAGGGCGGAGCUGCAGAGACGUCGCGACAGAGAGACCGAAAGAAGAGAGCGGAUCUUUAACGAUAAAUACCGAACCAUGGGAGUGGACACAGAAGCUCUGCACGUUCAGGUGGAAGAGAAGAAGAAACGAGAAGAGAAACACGAGGAGAAACAAAAAGCUCAUGAUGCUGAAACGCUCCAUAAUAGCAAAGCAGUUUGCAUUCUCCAACAGAAAGAGGAGAAGAAUAAGCGUGCCAUGCAAAUGGAGCUUGUCAACUACCGGCAGCAGCACCAGCAGCCUCGGAGCCAGCAGGAGUUUGACCUGAACGACACAGACCACAGGAGAAAACCAGGAGUGAUGCCUCCUGGUUUUGUGGGUGAAGACCCAGAGAUUGAGAACAGAUUGCAGAGGCAGAAGGAGCAGUUCAGACAGUGGAGCAACCAGCAGCAGAGCGAGCGGGCGGCAGAGAGGCACCAGCAAACGCUAGAAAAGCAGCGAGACGAUCAAAAGAGAGUCGAGAUGGACAACAGAGCUCUGCAGCUUCAGACCCUGGAGAUGGAGAGGAGUAGGGCAGAAGCCGUUGCCACUAAAGAGUUCAAUCUGGCCAAGAUUGAAGAGAAGCGCCGUCAGCAAAGUUAUGAUGAGGACAACAGAGGUGUGGAUAUCAAUCCCGCCCUGGGCAGGUGGGGAGUACCUGGUCUGUGUCCAGGCGCUGAUCUGAGACCCCCUCCUGAGACUCUGGAGCAGGUCCUCCAGUUCCAGAGAAAUCAAAUAGAGGAGAAAAAGAGGAUCGAAUUAGAGAACAAGCGAGAGGAGGAGCUACACGAUCGUGUUCGCUUGGCCUCUGCUCGCUCGGCUCUGCUAUUAGAGAGGAAGCAGGUGAAACUGGGCAAGCAGAUGAGACGACACCAGGAGAGCUCCAACUUCCAACUGGCCGAAAUACAGAGACAACAGAAACCGGACAUGGAAAGAGGAAGCGUCCACGAAAGCUUCUUCUCCAAUUUCAACACCUGCAGCAGAUGAUGGACGAUGUGGAGAAGUACUGACGACGGUGCUACAUGAUAAGAACAGAAUAAACUGACCCACAGUCAAUAAACAGCUGUUUAAUUAUUUAAAAUUGAGUUUACAACCUUUUAAUAUGUCUGAGUGAUGCUGAAAAAUUGCUCAUAAUUCUCUUGGCUUUCCUGCAAUCAUACUUUUAAUGUUUAUCAGGCAGUUUAAAAAAAUAAAAAUACAUUUCUUAAACUGUGCGAACAGAGGCCAAAGUCCUUUUUAUAAACCCAUGAAAGCUAAAGAUAAAAAAAUAAACACAUUCAAGUAAAAAGUUAAAAUCAGCUGAAUGAGGAUAUGAUAAGAUGUCAUUAAAAUGGAAAACAUUAUUUUAGUGUAGCGUACUGUUGACAAGAUAACAGUGCACCAGUGUACUAGAGGGAUAUUAAAAUCAAAAUGCCUGUUAUGUUAUAAUAAAUAAAGAUUUAUGUU